AUGUCGUUGCUCGAGACGCUUUCCUCGGAGAUUGGAACUUUCACCAAAUCCGGGGGCGAUAACCUCCAUGAUCUCUACAACGAGUCAGAGUCACUUUUGAAGGAACUCAAGGAGUUGGAAGCUUCUUUGGAAUCACAGCUAGAACAGGAAAAUAUCAAGUGUCUUCUGAAGUUUACCAAUAAGUGGUACAAGACCUCUAUUGACUCUUUGAAGUCGUACAACACGGCGACGAAUCGGUUUCUGAAGAAUAUCCUUGUGAACUCGAAGUUCAAUAUAGAUUUGGACGAUGCAUAUACUUAUCCACUACUUCUUAACAACUUCCCAGUGUAUACUGACUCUACUGAAAAAGACAAGACAGAGCUGGUGGGUUUCUCCAGCGACUUGAAGGGCAUCAAGAUAGAGAACAGAGAGGAGUUGAUCAAAGCCAUUAUCUUGCAUUUGCUAAAAAUCGGUCAGUGUGACAUCGUCAAAGAAAUCGUCAAGGAGUUGCUGCUCGGAUCCAGUGUAGUGAUAGACGAAUCAUUGCUUGCCAAAUUUGAGUUCCUCAACAAAAUCGUGCAAGACAUUGUUGUCAACCAUGAUUUGUCAAAGGCACUUUCAUGGUUUAAAGAUAAAUACAACGAAAAGGUAAGGAACUCUUCCAGAAUUAGCCAGUUGUCCAAUCCUGUACCUUCUAAUUUCAAUGAUAUCGAGUUCAAAUUCCACAUGCUAGAGUUCAUUAUACUUUUGAAUGGUAAGGACUCGUCGUUUAGCCUCAAUGAUGCUUUGGAUGCCUACUUAUAUUCCAAGGACAACUUUUCGAGAUUUUUCAAGGAAUAUCUUUCUGAGAUCUCCCCAUUAAUGACUUUGUUACUUUUCCAGAACAAUCGCAGCGAAGACGACUUCGAUUUGGGCAAUCACAAGGACAAGUUGCUUGCAGAUUUUAUAGCGAAGAUGAAGCAUAGCUUCAAUAUUGAACGAGACCGCAAGAAGAACAAUGCUAGCGAAAUGCGAUUCGUUUCUGAGCUUCUAGACCAUUUUGAAAACAUCCAUUCACAGCAAUCUUUGUUUGUCAACAUUUCCAACGAAUUCAUCUCGGAAUAUUGUAAGGAUUUGCGCUUGUCCAACGACUCGUCUCUCUUCCAGAGUAUUUUGGCUGGGUACAUAUACUUACCCAGUUUCUACAAGUAUAACCAGAUCCAAUCCAAAAUGAACAAGCUCAUCUCUGUUUCGAGUGAAGCUAGAAAUGGCGACGACUCAAAGAAUGGUACCAGUACUGAAAUGUCCAAUGGUGGAGAGGCUACUAUCAUCAACUACGAAGCUACAUUUAACUAUGAUCUUCCGUUCCAGCUACCUGAUUCGAACCGGUUUUUAUUUAACUACCAUCCCAUCUUUAUCUGCCCCAUUUCCAAGGAGCAGCUUGUGCCGAUAACUCACAACCAAGAUCAGAAUGUUGACGAAGAGCCACAGAGCAAGAGGAAAAAGAGCUCUUCUUUGGAUCCAGCUGCUUCGUCUUCAUCAACCACCACUUCAUUUUCCACAUCUUCUUCUUCUCCAAAUAAUCCUGUAGUCGUACUUAAUUUUUGUCAACAUUUGGCUCUUCGGGAGAGUGUAUGGCAGUUAUCGAAGAAAGGUAGUGAUAUAUUCAAGUGCCAUUAUUGCUACAAGAAGCACAAGUUCAGCGAUGUCACUGACGCAUACUUUAUUGAUCUAUGA